AUGAAUGACAGGUACCACCGGGCGGCCCGCGACGGCCACCUGGGCUUGCUGAAAGAGGCUACGCGGAAGGAUCUGAACUCCCCGGACGAGGAUGGGAUGACACCCACGCUAUGGGCCGCCUACCACGGCAACCUGGAGGCGCUGCGUCUCAUCGUGGGCAGGGGGGGCGACCCGGACAAGUGCGACAUCUGGGGGAACACGCCGCUGCACCUGGCGGCCGCCAACGGGCACCUGAACUGCCUGUCCUUCCUGGUGUCGUUCGGUGCCAACGUGUGGUGCCUGGACAACGACUUCCACACGCCGCUGGACAUGGCAGCCACCAAGAGCCACAUGGACUGUGUGCGCUACCUGGACUCCAUCGCCGCCAAGCAGACGGCACUCAACCCCAAGCUGGUGGGCAAGCUGAAGGACCGAGCCUUCCGCGCCGCUGAGCGCCGCAUCAAGGACUGCGCCAAGAUGCAGCGCAAGCACCACCAGCGCAUGGAGCGGCGCUACCAGCAGGAGGCGUCCGACGCGUCCGACACCAUGAGCUUCUCCAGCCACACCAGCAGCACCCUCAGCCGCCGCCUGCAGCACUUCGGCACCGCCUCCUCCAGCAUGCCCUACUCGCAGGCCACCCUGCACGCUACAGCUAAGGGCAAAGCGCGCAUCCAGAGGAAGCUGGAGAAGAAGAAGCAGGGCGACGGGACCUUCAAGAUCUACGAGGACGGGAGGAAGAGCGUGCGCUCGCUGUCGGGCCUGCAGCUGGGCAACGACGUCAUGUUCCUGAAGCAGGGCACCUACGUCAGCCCGCGAGAGCGGCCGGGCCUGCGGCGCAACGUCCGCGACAUGUUCCCCGGAGACGCCGCCGCUGAUGACGACGCGGACACGGUGUCGCGAGCCCUCAGCGACCCGGGCCUGCACGUCGCAGGCGACGGCGCGUUCUCCGACGUCAGCGCCGACUCCGGCCGCGACUCGCUGUUCAACCGGCCCGGCCUGGGCACCAUGGUGUUCCGCCGCAACUACGUGAGCAGCGGGCUGUUCGGGCUGGGGGGACGGGGCGAGGGCAGUGUGGCGGGCAGCGAGCCAGUGGGCGGGGCGGCCAGCGUGCAUCCACGCAGCCGGCUACAGCGGUCCCCCAGCCUGGACGACAGCAUCGGCAGCGCCGCCAGCCUGCGGGAGCGAAACGAGCGGGAGCUGCCCUGGGAGGAGACGGAACUGGGCCUAGACGACGAGCCACGCACCGACCCGCUGGAGGUCUUCCUGGCCGCGCAGAGCAUCGGCGAGUUCGUCUCCAUCUUCCGCAGGGAGAAGAUCGACCUGGAGGCGCUGCUGCUCUGCUCCGACCCCGACCUGCAGAGCAUCCACAUCCCCCUCGGCCCCCGCAAGAAGAUCCUGGACGCCUGCAAGAGGAGGGCGGAGACGCUGGAGGAACCCGACGCCAUCCAGGACACUGUGCUGUGA